UGGGGUCCGACCACCUUCCUGGCUUCAGUGGCCUAUGGUGGGGGGUUUGGACCUGAGGCUUGAUCUGGCUUUUGACCUCCUCCUCCCGGGUCCCUUAAUGCUUGGCCUCGGUUGGCGGCGGAAAUCUGGAUGCUCUUCGCCCCUUUGCCCAGCCUGCUGAGGAGCCGGCCCUCACCAGCUGGGAGCGGUUCACUGUGAGGCCAGAGAUGGCUCGGGGUGCUGGUCCCUGCCGUCCUCCGCGGUCACCUGUCUGAGGUGGGGCGUCUAUGGGGAGCACCUGCCUACUGCGGACAGUUCCUGCGGGGACGGGAAGCCGGACUAGGUCGGGUGAGCGGGAGGCGCUGAGGGGCGGAAGUGCGACCCAGGAGGGGCCUGGCCGCGAGAAAGGUGGCGGCGCUCAGCCCCGCCCCGCCCCUACCUGUGCUGGUCCCGCAGCCCGCGCUCCGCAGAGCGAUAAAAGGGGCGCAGUCGGCCUCAGGUCAGCCAGUUCGCUCAGCCCCUCUCUAGCCUCUGGGGCCAGCCCGGUGUAGCCGCGAUGUCCGUCCACUACAGCACGCAGGGCUUCAGCUCGCGCUCCGCCGCCCUCCCGAGGCGUGGCGCCCAGGUGCGCUUGAACGCGGGGCUCCCGGGCGGAGGCUUCGCCAGCAACGGGAGCCUCUACGGCUUGGGCACCGCGCGGCCGCGCGGGCCCGUGCGCUCCGUCUUUGCGGGGUCAGUGGGCGCCGGCAUCCGCGAGGUCACCAUCAAUCAGAACCUGCUGGCCCCACUGCGGUCGAAGAUAGACCCUUCCAUCCGCCAGGUGCGCCUAGAGGAGCGCGAGCAGAUCAAGAUCCUAAACAACAAGUUUGCCUCCUUCAUCGACAAGGUACAGUUCCUGGAGCAGCAGAACAAGAUGCUGGAGACCAAGUGGGCAUUGCUGCAGGAGCAGAAGUCAGCUAAGAGCAGCAGCCUCCCGAGAGUCUUUGAGGCACAGAUUGCUAGCCUGAGGGGCCAGCUGGAGAAGCUGCAGUUGGACAGGGGCUGUCUAGAGGCAGAGCUUCGGAGCAUGCAGGAUGUGGUGGAAGACUUCAAAAAUAAGUAUGAAGAGGAAACGAACCAUCGCAUGGCUGCAGAGAAUGAGUUUGUGGUGCUGAAGAAGGACGUGGACACCAUCUACAUGAACAAAGUGGAUUUGCAGGCCAAGGUGGAUAGCCUCAGUGAUGAGAUCAACUUCCUUAAGACCCUCAAUGAGAUGGAGCUGGCUGAGCUGCAGUCCCAGAUCUCAGACACAUCUGUGGUGCUGUCCAUGGACAACAACCGCAGCCUGGACAUGGACAGCAUCAUCGCUGAGGUCAAGGCUCAGUAUGAGGAGAUGGCCAACCGCAGCCGGACGGAGGCCGAGGCCUUGUACCAGAAGAAGUUUGAGAUCCUUCAGGCCCAGUCUGGGAAACAUGGGGAGAACCUCCGGAAUACCCGAAAUGAGAUUGUGGAGUUGAACCGUGCCAUCCAGAGGCUGCAGGCUGAGAUUGACAACAUCAAGAACCAGCAUGCCAAGUUGGAAGCUUCCAUUCCCGAGGCUGAGGAGCAUGGUGAGCUUGCCCUCAAGGAUGCUCACGCCAAGCAGAAGGAGCUGGAGGCUGCCCUGCAGCAGGCCAAGCAGGACAUAGCACGGCAGCUGCGUGAGUACCAGGAGCUCAUGAACAUUAAGCUGGCGCUGGACAUGGAGAUCGCCACCUACCGAAAGCUGCUGGAGGGCGAGGAGAGCAGGUUGUCUGGAGAUGGAGUGGCAGCUGCGAACAUCUCUGUGGUGAAUUCCAGUGGUGGUGGUGGCAGGGGACUGGUCUUCGGGGGAACCAUGGGCAGCAAUGCCCUGCGCUUCAGCAGCGGGGGCCCUGGGGCUGUCAAGGCCUAUUCCAUCAGGACCACAUCUACCACCAGAGAGAGCACCCACUAUUAAGCCCUGGGCACAGGGAGACCCUUGUCCCUCUGCCCAAAGUCCCAAGAUUCUCUUCCCUUUCCUCCCGAGUCCCAAGAUUGCACAGCACUCUGAAAAGGAUGUCAGGGUCACUUCAAUAAAGAGCCUUUUGAGGCCCGGGUGUACCUGAUAGCUGGUGCCUGGCCUCCUGAGGCAGGGCAGGGAAGUGGGUGGGAAGGACAGGGGACCACAGAGGUUAGGGUCUGCCCUGAUAACUGGGAAGCCUCCUGUGGAGGGGACUGAGGAAGCACACAGCGACAUGGGGGUGCUGCUCUAAGGGUGGACUCAUCCAGGGUGACACCUUUGCCUCUUUCCAGAGGUGGUCUGCUUCCAGCACCUCUCUAGAGGAAGCUCAGGAAGGCCACAGGAACUCCAGGCUCUGCCAGCGGGUGGCUGCUGGAGUCCUCCCCUGCCCAGGGAGUGGCAAGGGUGUUUGCACCCCUCCAACCCCAAUGUCCUCUCUGCUGCCAGAGUGUAUUUCUUUGGCAGCGAGAAGGCCAUACACACUCAGCUGCCCCAGGCCAACUCUUGGGCCAGCUGCCCUUUCCUGGUGCUGGGUCUGACAGGCCCUGGGGCCCUGGACAGGUAUGUGUGUGGGUUCUGGGAGGGGUCUCUGUGUCUGGGAUUCUGUGGACUGAUAGUCACGGAUGGAGGGCGUGUGUGCAUGGGAGAGGCCUCAGAGUCUAGGUCACUGGGAGGGAGUCUGUGCUUGGGUCCUUCGGCAGAGGGAUAGGCUGUGUGUCUGAAUCCCAUGGUGGGAAGGAAAAGGUAGGGUACCUCUGUCUGUCACCUCUGGUUUUGAUGGGAGCCUCCACAUGUCAGGGUUUCUGACAUGAGGUGUCUGUGUUUGUGUAUUGCGGGUUUUACAUCAGGGGCAAGGCAUGAGAACAUUGUCCCUGGUGGCCGGUAGCACAUCUGGUGGGUACUGGGGCAUCUGGGACACUCAGGUAGUGAUGGUGGUGUGUGUGUGUGUGUGUGUGUGUGUGUGUGUGUGGUAGCAUGUGGGAUGUGCUGGUUGCUGAGGAGAAGUCUCUGUAUUUGACCUCAUGGGCAGGAAGGUUUCCUGAGUUGACUUGGGGGCAGGUCCUGGGAGUGGAGGAAGUAGACCACUGGUGCAGAGCAGCUGCAAGUGGUGACAUCCUUAUCUAAGGUUUCAGAGGGGCAGCUCCUUCCCUUGCACUCCCUGUGGUUUGUGUGUCUGGGUUUGGGGGCUGCAGCCUUUAGGAUCUAGUGUGUGCAGGGUAGGGGCAGGUGGCCUGGAAAUUGCCCUCCUUCCCUCUGAGGCUGAGAACAGCCUCUCAUCUACUGCCCUUUGGAGGGAAUCUGUGCAGACAGGUGAAGCGGGCAGGACCAACAGAUUAUCAGCAUGAGUUACACACGGCUGUGAGCUUUACUGGAAACCUGGCACCCAACAGGCCAGUCUAUUAGAAGGUUAAAUGCUGCCUGUCACCAAAGUUGGACUUAGAAAGGGGCAGGAAGGCAGAGCACACAGGACUCUGAGGCCAAUCAGUCCCUCAGAAGCCAUAGUGUCCAAGCCCCAGGAGUAGCCUGAGCUGGAAUUGGGUCUUUUCCCAAAGUGGCAAGGAAACCUGUAGUUUGUGGGUGAGUGAGCACCAUCAGACUCAGGCUCUGAGCCAGCGCUCCCUGGAAGAGACCAAGAAACAAGUGCACAGGGAGAUUUGAGAUGGUAGCAUGCAGCAGCGUGGGGAAGUCAGGACACUGCGCCCAAAGCCCUUCCCAAAUCCUGGGCUUUUGGACCUCAUGUUGGAUGUAGGGGCUAUGGCUCUCAGAUCAUGUCUUUCCAAAGCUGGGGCGCUACUCAAAAUACACAGAACAGCUGGUGCUCACUGCUACCUUCUUCCCUCUGCACGGGGUGCUGCAGAUGCUGUCUGUCACCCACUGGGAGGCUGGCACAUGCAGGUCCCCAUACAUGACCCUGCUCCGGGAGCUGCUGACACCUGUGGGAGGAGGACAGAGUUUAGCCCCAGCUGGGUUACCUGUGGCCUGCCUGCUGGCCAGAUGGCCAGGGCCUCUCUGCUUAGGGCGCCUCCCUCUGCUUCCAGCCUCUCCCCCUCCGACCUACGUCACUGUACCCAUGGUACACCUUUAGCCCAGGCCCUCCCUAUAGGUAGAAAGAGCGACUUCAAUGUUCAGUGACCACCCCCCACCCCUCUGUAGUGGGUUGGCUUCCUGCUUUGUAAAUAAAUUUUUUAAAAAACUCAGUUAUACCUAUUAAGUGUUGCACAUGGCUGUGGCUGCUUUUACAGUAAAAGUUGAGUAGUUGGGACAAAGACUGUAUUGCCCACAUGCCUAAAAUAUUUAUUGCCUGACCCUUAAAGAAAAAGUUGGGGGCUGGGGAUGAAGCCCAGUGGUAGAGUGCUUGCCUAGCUUGUGCAAGGCCCUGGGGUCAAUAGCCAGCAUCAGGAAAAGAAUACAUUUGCCCCAGCUGAGGA